AUGGCCGACGACGUUCUCGAUGCUCACAGAGCGAAGGCUGGAGCACGCAUCAGGCGAGCUGCGUAUCGACAGAUUGCUGCAGGACUCGCAGCAUCUCGUAGCCGACUCGAUCAGCGUGAGUUGAAUCACUUUGCAAGCCGAUGCAGACUACAGUUGCAACACUAUCAGAUGUCUUGGUCACUCAAGACAGCUGAUCGGGCAUUUGUCGAGCUCGACAAAUAUUUUGAGGAUGAUAUACUAUGCAAGAUCGUCGUCGCCACACAAUGGGUCGGCAGGCGGUGGCAUGGCACGAUAUCGAACGGCGCAGGAGUAGCUCCGUCCGGCGUGCUCUGCCGCAACUCCGUCAAAGAACGUGGAAUAAUGAAUAGCCUAGAAGUGAACAUCUACUGCAUUGAUCCUCCGUAA